AUGGCCGAACCCAUUCAAAAGAAGCGCCUCUUGCGUAUGACCGUGGCCCACUACCGCCAGCCUAACGUCACUGAAGAAGACUUCCACCGCUGGGUCACUGAACAGCAUGCCGCCCGCGCGGCUAAGCUUCAUGCUAAGAAUGGCAUUGAGGGGUUUUCUAUGUUCUUCGCCCCUAAGUCGUUCCGUAGCUUUACAUCGGAACUGAACAAAAUGCGUGGAAGCCCAUGGGUUGUCCGCGACUACGACGCUCAGGUCGAAUUCUUGUUCCGCGAUAUGGAAACGUUUUAUAAGGGGGCGGCUGACGCGGACUUUCAGGCGCUACAGGCAGAGGAGGAACCCUUCGUCAACGGUACUGGCGCUGAAAUCAGCAUCGGUUGGAUAGAGACGUACGUCGUUGAUGGAAACGUUGUGAAUCUUGAUCAAGCCGGAAAACCCACUUAUCCGGAGUUCAAAGAAGUGAGUGUCGCUCCGUAG